AUGUAUGUUGCUGAUACUUAUAAUCAUCGAAUUCAAAAGUUCUCUCCAGGUGGAAAGUUUGUGAGUCAGUUUGGUAGUAAAGGAUCUGGUCCUGGACAGCUUAUUCUGCCAAUAGGUAUAACAAUAGACACUGCAGCUACUGGUCUAGUGUAUGUUGGUGAUGGCAAUCAUCAUAUAUCAGUCUUCACCAGUGAUGGUGUGUUUGUUAGGAAGUUUGGAAGUGAAGGCAAUAAUAUUGAUCACAUUAAAUAUCCUUUUGGAUUAACAUUUGAUAAAGAUGGAUUAUUGUAUGUUUGUGAUUGUAGGUGCAUUAGUAGAAGGCCAGGAGAAUAUUCAAGAAACAUUAAUGAAGCAACUGGUGCUGUGGCAAUACUUGUGGGCCCUAUCCAUACUGAGAACUAG